AAGUGCGGCAAAAACCCUACCCCGGAAGCGAUACUGUCCUUACCGGAAGUGUGGCAACCGACAGCGGAAGUUGGUGUAACGCUCCCGGAAGUGGGCGUCGCAGGCUUGGGCCAGUGUUGCCAAUAGCAGCGGGGAGGCAAAGGGCAGGGCCCCGUCCCCGGAGCAGAGCCCAUGGCGUCCCAGACGGACAAGUCCCUGCUGUCGGCAGAGCUGGAGGAGGAAGACGAUGAGGAGUUCAGACAGCUGCUGCUCCAGGCCACCCAGAAGAUCCAGAGUGCGAUGCCUUCGGUGCGUGACUCGAAGCCGAUCCAGCCUCAGCCUGGCUUCUGCAUUAAGACCCACGCGGGCUCCCAGGAGAAGGUGUUUGUGAACAUCUGCCGGUCGCUGCACAUCCCGGCGCCCCCCGACCUCAGCCGCCAGGAGCUGGAGUGUCUCAUCGAGUCGGACAGCGCCUCGUCCUUCCGCAUCCCCAUGAGCCUGGGGGAGCCCCACGCCGAGCUGGACAACAGCGGGAACGGCUGCACCGCGUACGACGUGGUCAUCAACUCCGGCUUCUUCAGCAAAGUGGAGGCUGACCCCUUCUUCAAAGAGUUCUUCAUCACCGUCGCCCUGGAGGGGCUGGCAGACAAGUACAAGAUGGACGUCAAUCACCCAGCGUGGCGAAUCCUGAAGAACCGGAAGUUCAUGGGCUCCAUCUCGGGACAGACCAUCCGCACCAAGUCCAGCCCCGUCAUACAGGAGAUGGACUUCAGCUCCCCUGUGCUCCCCAAAUUCACCAUCCUGGCAGAGCCGGCGGGAGGGGCCCCCGAAUUCCUGCUGGCUGAGAUCCACCUCCAGCCUGGGGUGGGCUCGGCGCGGGAGCUCUCCCUGGAGCUGGGGCAGGACCGGGUCGUGCUGCGGGGGGGCCCAGACCCCUACGUCCUCGACAUCUUCAUCCCCCACGACAUCGUCCCGGAGCGCAGCCACGCCCGCUUCCACCGGCGCACUGCGGUGCUGACUGUGAAGAUGCCCAUCCAGCCCCAGCUGGGGCCCCCCUGAGCAGACCCCCCCUCUGCCCUUAGGAGAGACUCCAGGAUCCAGAGUGGGGGGGGGCCCCCACCAGACCAAGGGGGAGCUGGCAUGUGGGGGGUUGGGGCUCUGAUGCCCAGUGGCAAUGGGCGGACGGAGAAAACCAGGACUCCUGGGUUCUCUCCCCAGCUCUGGGAGGGCAGUGGGGCCAAGUGGUCGGAGCAAGGGGGGUGGGGCUGGGAGCCAGGACUCCUGGGUUUUUCUUUCCAGCUCUUGCUCCUGGCCUCCCCAGAGACCAGCUGUCGGGGGGGGGGCAGGCCCCUGCUGCCCUGGCGUGGGGAUGGGGGGGGCAGCUGGUUUGUCGGGGGGCAGGCUCGUGCCAUGUCAAAUCUGCACCCGAAGGAGCGGAAUAAACAGUGCGAU